GGUAGCAAAAGCACUCACAGGAAGUCUUGAGUGUCAUUGAUUUCACAAUCUUCAAAUUAAACCCGAUCUUACCUGAUAGAACAGAGAAUGAUAAAGCUAUUGGUUUUGAAUUUUAAGAUUCCCAUGGUCCUGUCGUGUAGCCUUUACAAUCAAUCUCUUCUUUACACAUUCCCCCUGAUAUUUUUGGCAAAUAUCAUUCUUGAAAGAAACAAAUUUUAAAUGAGCAUCAUGACCAAAUAUGACCUGUAUCAGCCUUGUAAUAGAUACUUUUAGUAGUUAUCUAACUUGCCAAAGAAUGUCUAUAUAAUGGAAAGAUCCCAACAAUGCAAAUAAACAAACCGAGUUGGAGAAUAGCUGAAGCAGCAGCAUAAGGCUCACUUCGUAGCUUACAUUCUCUACCAAAGAAUGGAUGAAAAACAAAGUUUGACAGUUUCUGAUGCUGUGGACUACAAAGGGUUUCCGGCAAACCGAUCUAAAACUGGUGGUUGGGUCCCUGCUGCUCUUAUCGUAGGGAUUGAGUUAUGUGAAAGACUUUCAACAAUGGGAAUAGCUGUCAAUCUGGUGACUUACUUGGUGGGAACAUUGCAUCUGCCUAGUGCAACUUCAGCCAACAUUGUCACAGAUUUCAUGGGAACAUGUUUCCUCCUUUGCUUGCUUGGAGGUUUUCUAGCAGAUUCGUUCCUUGGAAGAUACAAGACAAUAGCAAUCUUUGCCUCAAUACAGACACUGGGAACUGGAACUCUAGCAGUAAUAACAAAGCUACCACAAUUACAUCCACCUCCUUGUGAUCCUAGUGCCAGCCACAACUGCAAGCAAGCUAAUGGAUUUCAAAUGGGAAUGAUUUAUUUGCCUCUGUACAUAAUAGCUCUGGGAACUGGAGGUCUCAAAUCCAGUGUUUCAGGAUUUGGGACCGAUCAAUUUGACGAGAAAAAUGACAAAGAGAAGGCUCAAAUGGCAUAUUUCUUCAACAGAUUUUUCUUGUUUGUCAGCAGUGGGACUUUGCUAGCAGUGACAGUGCUUGUUUACUUGCAAGAUGAAGUGGGACGCAGUUGGGCUUAUGGAAUUUGUUCUGUUUCAAUGUUCACAGCAGUUUUGAUAUUCCUGUGUGGUACUAAGAGGUAUAGAUACAAGAAAAGCAUGGGAAGUCCAAUAGUUCAUAUCUUCCAGGUCAUUGUUGCAGCAAUAAACAAGAGGAAGAUGGAACUUCCACACAAUGAUGCUAUGCUAUAUGAGGAUCCUGCUGCAACAUCAACUGUUGAUCACACAAAUCAAUUCCAACUUCUGGACAAGGCUGCAAUUGUGGCAGAGGGAGAUUUUGAGAAAUCUGUAAGCUCAGCUCACAAUCCAUGGAAGCUCUGCUCCGUAACAAGGGUAGAGGAGGUGAAGAUGAUGACGAGGCUCCUACCAAUAUGGGCCACAACCAUAAUCUUCUGGACUACAUAUGCCCAGAUGAUCACUUUCUCAGUGGUGCAGGCAUCGACCAUGGAAAGAUCUUUAGGGGCUUUCCAAAUCCCUGCCGGUUCUCUAACUGUUUUCUUUGUGGCAGCCAUAUUGAUCACGCUGACCUUUUAUGACCGUCUUGUCAUGCCUCUUUGGAAGAAGUGGAAAGGGCAACCAGGUUUUACAAACCUACAGAAGAUUGCCAUAGGACUUAUCCUGUCAACUUUAGGAAUGGCAGCUGCCGCUUUAGUCGAGAUGAAACGACUCUCAGUGGCUAAAGCUGUGGGUAGAUCCACAGGAACCUUGCCUUUAAGUGUGUUCUUGCUGAUUCCUCAAUUCUUCUUGGUGGGCUCUGCAGAAGCUUUCAUCUAUACUGGCCAGCUUGAUUUCUUCAUAACACAAUCCCCAAAGGGAAUGAAAUCUCUGAGCACUGGCCUCUUCCUCACAACUUUAUCACUUGGGUUUUUUCUUAGUAGUUUUCUGGUCGCAGUUGUGAAGAGGGUGACAGGGAGCAAGGAUGGACAGGGAUGGCUUGCAGACAACAUAAAUUAUGCUAGGUUAGAUUGUUUCUAUGGGCUUCUAGCUACACUGAGUGCCAUAAAUUUUGUAGCAUUUUUAGUCUGUGCAAUAUGGUAUAAGCCACAGAAACCCAAACAAGUUCUAGCGAUGGAAACUACUACAAAUGAGGGAUCUGCUGCUGAGAAAUGCUAGUCAACUAAGCUAGAUUUUGGGUUUGUUCAGCUUUUUCUUGUAUUGCACAUUACUCCAGAGCGUGGAUUGAUAAUGAUUGGCAAAGGAAAGAGUGGGCAUAAAUAAGAGCUCUUCAUUGACCAGGGAUCAUUUUAUAAGGAUAAGAAGAUCCCAAUUUCAAUGGAUAUUCUCAUGUUGAAUUUGCUAAAGCUGAACUCUUUCUUGA